AUGGUAGCCGUGAAGAUCUGGAACGCCACGAGGGUUGUCGGCGAAGCCAGCUGCUACGAAGGCAGCGGCCAUGGCCCCGCCAUCCCCUCCUCCGCCCUCAUCAUCAACACCCCCAUCCUGGUCUCGGCCAUCCUCGCCACCCCGGCGCCAUCAGCCUCGGACACGAACGUGACGGCGCUGCUCGAGAAGGCCGGGUGCAAGACGUUCGCGGGCCUCCUCGUCUCGAGCAGCGUCAUCAAGACGCACCAAUUGGCGCUGGACAAGGGCCUGACGGUGUUCACACCCAACGUGAGCUCGUGUCGCUCUGUUGUACCACGCGGUGGCGGACUACACCUUGAUCGGGUCCCUAAAGACAAGCAACGCCCGAUCAGCACCCUUGCCACGAACGGCGUCGGGAAGUACGAUUUCACCGUGAAGACCGCCGAGACAUCGAGGUCGACCCCUCAUGGGUGGCCAGCAUGGUGCUCUACUCCACCCCUGUCGCGAUCUUCACCAUCGACAGCGUCCUCCUCCCCCGCCGAGCUAUUCAGCAAGUCCCCGUCCCCGCGCUUGCGCCGUCGCUAG